UUAUUCACUUUUUGUUACAGUUUAUCUUGUUUGAGCUGAUGAUUGAUGAUAGCAAUAAAGACUGUAGUUAUGCUGAGGUUUGUUGGGUAUUCCCCAGCUUUGUCCAGCUGUGACUCUGCCAAAUUCAUUGGUGUCUAAUCUCUGCCCCUUCCCUAUUUCCCAGACAGACCUCAACUCAUCUCCCUGUCAGCAUUACUGUGAUUGGCUGCUCGCUAUCCUGACCUCUGACUUCUCCUCAAGGUGGGCAGAGGAGGAGGGCCGGGGCUGGUUCAGAAUCUGACAUGAACAAUCAGGUCUGGUCAGAACACCAGCCCUACAGGGCCCAACAAUGGACUGUGGAUUUCGCGGUUGAGUGGCAAAAAGGGCCGACUGGUACUAAGAGGAAAGUACUCAGGGAACUGGCCCUGAUCCUAUCUUCCAUCACUCUCUCUCUCUCUCUCUCUCUUUGUCAGACUGGAGUGAUCUCGCUGAUUGGUCUUUUGUUUUUUCCUUGUCUGCCCUCCCAAAACUUGGUAGAGAGUGCUAGGUACAUGAGAGUUUUGCCCUUGGUGUAGGCUACAUGUAUGGUAUAAUUUCUAAUCUGUGAUUGAUUCAUUUUUGUAGUCAUUAUUACCAUUUGACGGCAACAAGUUAUGAUGAUGGAGGAUUAUACAAUCGUAACUGGUUAUGAUUGAAUGAAUUAGCGCCCCUGCGAUAGGGUCUUGGAACUUGGAUGGACUCUUUGGACAUCCAGGAGGGUGUGCAUCUGUGAAGGAAUGUACUUUUGUUAAUAAGACAGAAAAGGAAAAAAAGAGAAACAAAAAGUUUGGCCCCUUUGGACGCUCUAUUAGUGUGGCUGAGUGGUUUCCUGAGACUCUUGACAAAAGCAACUGUAAAGCAAAAAAAAGGCUUCCUCAUCUCUUGAGUUCUGUCCCCACUCCAGAGCUGGAUGUCUGCUUUUUUGUUUAUCAUUUUUUUUGACAACUCUUUCUCAGAACUGGGUCAAACACUCCAAAAUGUCUUAUCUUCAAUGCCACUCAGAGUUUACUCUCUGCUCCUCAUUGCCUUUCUCUGCAAAGUUUAGGAUGAACAAUUCAUGUACAAUUUUUUGGGACAAAAAAAAACCCAGAUUUUUUAUUUCCAGAGUUCACUUCCAAAAGUUGUCGCAAAGCCCCAUUGUCUGCAAGGUAUUGAGUUAAAUACCCUACUCAAAUGAAUAUAAAUAUAUAUUGUAUUAUUAUACCAACUCAAUCUGCUUGAACAUUUAGAUAAUGUCUAUUUAUGCUGCAUGUCAAAACCGUUCCAUUCAACACAUUUAGUACAUUUCCAUUUUCCAUUUAAACUCAUCUGAUGGGAUAAAGAUCAAUCUGAUUUGUAAAAAAUAAAUAAAAUACAAAAACCUAUGUCCUUCCAACUCCCUUUUGGGGCACAAGACUGGAUUUACUUGCGUGACGAACAAACCUGAGUGAGACUGAUUAAAAAUGAAGCACUAUAGCAACAACCAAGCCAAUAGAAGAACGGGAAGCUGUUUACAAUGGGUGUACCGUUUCUAUGGUUGCCGGACAAACCUCCUGCACCAGGUAUUAAACUGCCCCCGGAGAGAUCCUUAGCCGCUGCCACCGUUAUAAAGACCUGUUUUUGAGACGUUGAAUUGAACAAGCGCGCAUCAGAGCGCCAAAGAUAUCUUGAGGUAUUUUUUUCAACAGGUGCAAAUCCUCAAGGCUAAAACGAGAUUAAUAAUUUAUCAAUUGGCCAUUUGGAUUGUAAGGUAUUUUCUCAGCAGUAUAUCAGAUCAAGGCUGUUGUCUGGUGGUAUAGGGGUGAGCUUUAGCCAUCGGAGCGGAGGGAGGACCAUGCUGUCUCUAAGCUGUGCAGACCCCUGGCCCGAGGGCUCGGUGGGGCUGGAGGAGGAAGUGGUGACUGCCGCUGCUCAUUCUGAGGAGCUGGACCUGGACGACAGCUCAGCCUCAGCAGGCUCCAGUAGCACUGGGGGCUCUGACAACCUGGAUGACAGCCUGACCAGCCUGCAGUGGCUGCAGGAGUUCUCUAUUCUCAAUGCCAAUGGGCCUCAACAGGCUCCUCUCUCCACUCACCACCAGCCUCACUUCUUUGGCCAUCAGCAGCUGGGCUCUGAGGCUCCCGCUUCCCCUCUGGCUGGUGACCCUGCAUCCAUAGGCAUGCCCCUCACCCCAGGCAAGCCCACAGCAGCAGCCUAUUGUAGGAUGCAGUCCCUGUCAGCCCUCCCUAGCCUGGUGGUCCAUGGUCACUGUCCCGAUGAGGUGGACUACAAGACAAACCCUCAUAUCAAACCCCCUUACUCCUACGCCACACUCAUCUGUAUGGCCAUGCAGGCCAGCAAGAAGACCAAGAUCACCCUCUCCUGCAUCUACAAGUGGAUCACUGACAACUUCUGCUACUUCCGCCAUGCUGACCCCACCUGGCAGAACUCCAUCCGGCACAACCUGUCUCUGAACAAGUGUUUCAUCAAGGUUCCGCGGCAGAAGGACGAGCCAGGGAAGGGGGGCUUCUGGAAGAUUGAUCCCCAGUACGCAGAGCGCCUCCUCAAUGGUGCCUACAAGAAGAGGCGGAUGCCCCCUGUCCAGAUCAACCCUGCCCUGCAGAACAGGCUUAGGGCCAACCCCCAGCCCCUGCCCAGGGGCCUCUGUAACUCCACAGGCAGCCAGAGUGGGCUAUGUGUCAAUCCAGAGGCUCAGCAGCUCCUCAGAGAGUUUGAAGAGGCCACUGGAGCCGACCAGAACUGGGACCCCUGUCUGGCCGAAGGCACCAUGCUGGGGGCAUGGCCCAUAAGAAAGGGAGGCCCUGGACACAAGAGGAAACACCCACUGGGCUCCAGGACUGCCAUGGUCAAAGUCCCCCGGCACUCCAGCUCUCCUUUGCUGUCUUUGGAGGAGUAUAGGGAACUGGGCUCCCUGAAGGGGAACUUUGACUGGGACGCCCUCCUGGAUUCUGCACUGAGUGGGGAGCUGAGUCUGGACGGAGGGGGUCCACUGAGCCCCAUCCCCCAGGAGGAGGACCUGAUGGUGCGGGGGACCCACAUCUGCCCCCUUGAGGCCCCCGCGGGGACAGCAGACAGCAGCCACGUGCUGGCGGAGACCCAGAGGAGCAGCGGAGCAGACUUUGAGGAGACGUUCCUGGCCACAGCAUUCCUGCAGAGCCCCUGGCCAGAGGAAGAGGAGCAGGGAUCUACCAACUUCCUGUGCAGCUCCACAGUCAACCUGGAGCAGCUCUUUGACCUGGGAGAUUCCCUCGGCGGUGACCUCAGCAGUAAGAUAGAGUAUCUUCUCUAAAGACAUGUUCUCCAAUUCUUUGGCCUCCAAGACUCUUUGACUAUACUGUGAUGAUGACACUACUAGAUUAUUGUUUAAAAAGAGAGGCACCACAUGAACUAAAUGGACCUUUUACACAUGCAUGUGUUUAAGAUUUCUAGAUGAUGUUUUUUGAAAUUGGUACAAUAAUGGAUGACAUCAUUAAUGCCUACAGAGCAAAAAUGCCACAAUGAACUGCAGUAUUCCAAACGAUUACUGGACAAAAACUAUAUCAAACCUACUGUUGGGACCAUGACAUUGGAUAAUAGACAUUAUCAAUAAGACUUCGCUCACAGAGAAACAAAAUAUUCCUGUCUGAGGACAGGAAAACCACCAAUAUGUCUUUGUUUACAUUCUGAAUAUAUAUGUGGUAUUGAAUGGAUUGCAGGUUGACGUAUGAUAGAGGAAUUGUCAUCCAGGCACAAGGUGAGCAACAGAACAUUGGAAUCAACAUUUUAGAAAUGUAUUUUUUUUUAGCAUUAGAUGAAAUUACAAAGUAAGACUUUACAGUGACUGUACUCUUUGAAAGUUAUGGACAGUUUCGAGAUGCAAGGCCAACAGCUAAUGAUGAGUUGAGGUGUUGUACCUGACAGUGAUGCAACGUUUUAGCUGCUUAAGAAUAGUUGGUUUAGCAUGCUGAAUAUUUCAUAAAGGUUUAUAUGAAUCCACCUCACAGGGAAUACUAUUAUUUGUUGUGAAGAUCUCUGGAAUGUAUGCAUCAGACUUCAGGAAUUUCGGUCCUGUACUGAAUUUUCUACUGAAAUGCUGAAUGUCUGACUUUUAACGAUCUGUGGAUGCAUUUGGAUGAAAUUCUGAAACUAGUGUCUAUUUAAUAUCAAUAUACAAUAUCUGUAACUGAAGUGAAAGGAAUACUAUGAUGAUCAAUGGAGAUAUAUUUGCCAAAUUUCAACUAAUUAGAAGAGUUUUUAGUCUUAAAAUUGUUUUAUGUGUGGGGUUUUCUAUAAUGACUACUUUCUGAAUGCAUUCUUUGAAUAAUGAUCUUUUCACUUUAACUAAAUGUAUGCAGAACAAUUUUAAACAGGUUGUUUUUAGCAAGCUUAAAAUUGUCAUAUUAUCAGCAGAGAGUGUAAAUUUAUAUUUAAUAAUCAUUAAUUCAACUAAUUUCAGUGAGUUAACCAGUUACAGAGAGCAGUAGAGGACAGAUCUGGAUGUCGUAAAGACAAGUUCAUUCCAAUGCAGAAUAGCUCAAGGCAAGCUUCUCCUUUGCAAUGGUUUCAGUGGCUUGUCAAUGAAUACCCGACCUUCAGGUUAGAUGUGCAAAGAACAACACUUGGAAACAGAAGACCGGCAGUGUUUUCACCAAGGAAAGCUGAUGGAGGCCUUUUAGUCAACAGAAGGAGACAAUGCAAAAAUGAUGACAUAAACAAGCAGGAAUUACAUGAACAAAUGUUGAGUUAUGAGAUACUCUCUUGUUUUGUUUCAAGUCUACCUUUACCUGGAAAUUGCUUUGUCUUUCCUCUGGUCUUACUAAACCCAAUCACAUGGUUUCAAGACAUGAUUGAGUGAGUCUUAAGGGUUGAUUUAUGGCACAAAAAACUGUCAAUUUUCAAACAGACAUGGGGUGUACCUUUGGUGGUUCGUCGAAGUGUCAUUCUGGUCAUGCAUGCCGCGACCGACGUAGUUUGUUAGCUAAGAUAGCCACUUUAGCUAGCCAGUGACUCCUCCAGUGUGUUGAUGUCAUUUCACAGGAGUGAGAUCGGUAAGAAAUGGCCCUUCUGUAGCCAAAUAUCUUAUUCAUAAAUUGUGGUUGUGUUUUUAAGCAUUAAAUUACCUAGUAUAAUGGUGCAUUGAUCAGUUAUACAGUUUAAAGCCGCUAUUUUUGUGUUUUUGCCCAAAGUCGACCUUUAAGAUGUAUAUUAAAAUGUGCUACUAUCUUGCAGAAUAACUACUCCUGUUUUAUUAGUGUUGUAAAUCCACCAUGAAGUCUGAAAGUGCAAUCAAUGUACAGUGAGUGAUACUUGGUCUAUUUUACAUUACAUUGAAGGGUAGUAAUGCAGUUUACUUAGUCAGACCCAGUUCAUGGUUUAAUGUGUGGUACGGUAUGGAUACAUUUUGAUGGAAGGAAACUCCUCCUUUAAAAGUGAAUUAACUACUAUAUUUUGUCAGUUGUGUAUUAGCUCUUCCAAAACACUUGUCAUCCAAGUUGACCCUAUUGGCAUCAUACCUCAAGAUUUCUUUAUUUUUAUGAAGAUAUGCAUUCAUGUGUGCAUUCAUACUCUGUUUAUUUUUCUGUUUUUCCUUGACAAUAAAAAAAACUUUAAAACUUGAA